AGAUACGAUCGUACCAAAUCGACGGCCGACCUCGAGAACGCAUUCAACAGCGCCAGAGCUAAUUUGCGCAAUGCCAAUUUGUUUCUACCUUUACGAAUCAUAUCGUUCAAUAUUCUCGUCUUCCUACAUUCAUAUAUGGAUCAUAAGGGCAUGGAAAAUCUGUUCCAAGACGCGGUCUUUGCUAUCGGCCUUGUCCCCAGGAUGAUCGUGCGAUCGCUUGAAAGUUCUGAUGAUACUCUCUUCCUGCUCUCCAGUGCCGUCAGUGUGGCAUCCAACGCAGCAGCGCUGGCAUUAGAGACAGACAAGGACCCUAUGCUCGCCUUGGAGCUCCUCGAGAGUGGUCGCGGUGUCAUAGUAGCGUCUCUGCAGGACCUUCGUGCAGAUGCAUACGACCUUCAGGCCAAGCACCCCUUAGUGGCGGAACGCUUCACUCGUUUGCAGAAGGAACUUAGUACUCCUGCACCCUCCAAAGUCACCACGUUCUUCCAGUUAUCCGGCGGCCGCGAAGUCGCCGAUACCGAACAACUCGAUCGCCGCGACCAGGCUGUACGGGAGUUUGAUAGUAUUCUGGAGGAAAUUCGACAACUGCCUGGGUUUCAAAGCUUCUUGGGCUCACCAAAUGACUCGGACAUACUGGAAGCUGCCAGGGGUGGACCCAUCGCCGUCAUCAACGUCAGCGAGAUUCGGUGCGAUGCGAUUCUUGUUCAACGAGACAGAGCACGAAGUUUGCGUCUCCCUUAUCUAUACUUGCAAGACAUCAAAAAGAAGGGCGAGGGUGACGAUCUGGGGAGCAUUGAUAUUCUCGCUUGGCUGUGGGCUACCAUCGCUUGCCCGGUUCUGCACGCUCUCGGUUUCAUCCAGCCUCCUUCGACUGACAGUGACCUACCACGUAUAUGGUGGAUCCCGACAGGCCCGUUGAGCAGAUUCCCGCUCCACGCCGCUGGGUACCACGGCAAACGGUCCUACAAGACGGUCAUCGAUAGGGUUAUGUCGUCGUAUAGCUGUUCGAUUAAAGUAGUCAUUAGCGGUCGCCGUCGUCGCAUAUGCACUACCUCACCGUCGACACCUGGACAGGCGCUGCUCGUAGCAAUGUCGCAGACAAGUGGAUAUAACACGCUCCGUUACAGCACAGACGAGGUAGCCAACGUCCGGGAUAUCUGCAAAUCGAUGUCCCUCAAGACCAUCGAUUUCCAAAACCCACACAAGCGGGACAUACUACGGAAUUUGCCUAACUGCAAAGUAUUCCACUUCGCUGGUCACGCCUAUGCCGACGCCUCGAACCCAUUAAACAGCCAGCUGUAUCUGCAUGACUGGAAAGACAACCCCCUCUGCGUGUCUGACCUUCUCAAACUCAACCUCAAUGCUCACGCGCCAUUUCUCGCGUACCUCUCUGCCUGUGGUACCGGCCGAGUUAGGGAUGACUCGUAUCUUGACGAGAGCACUCAUUUGAUCAGCGCGUUUCAGCUCGCGGGGUUCCGGCACGUCAUCGGCACUCUUUGGGACGCAGACGACGAGUGGAGCGUGGAGAUGUCCAGGAUUACCUAUGAGGGCAUUCACGAGGGUGGUCUGACAAACGGGUCCGUGUGCCGGGGGCUGCACAACGCCAGCCGUACCCUUCGAGAUCUCUGGGUUGACAAGAUGAGGCCCGAGGAGCGAGAACGCCGCUAUGAGGACAUCGACAAGUCGGUCACGCAUGGCAAAAGGCCGAUGGAAAGCCCAACGGGGGUAGCCGAUGCUUCGACGAAAGGACAUGGAGUAAAUAGAGGUACGCGAAAAGUCGACCGGGAUGACGGUGGUGGCGCUGAAGAGGGGAGUAAGGGAACAGCACGUCCGCACUGGGUUCCUUAUGUUCAUUUUGGAGUAUAAAGCCGUGCUAAUAAAGAGCAUCUCGGCUGACGAUCAAGGACAUAUAUCACAUGGAGGGCAUAGUCCAAUAACUAAUAGACGUCGAACAGGGAAAGUG